AUGAGCCGAGUGAUUGCCUGCGGUAACAAUGCAAAAUCGUUCUCGCUGGCCGCAUCAGUUGGUGCAGGCUCCGCAGGGUGCGCCCUCGCCAACCGCCUCACGGCCGAUGGCACAGCCAGCGUGCUGCUUCUCGAAGCCGGAGGACUGGAGGACGCCGCUGCGCGGGUUCCCUUCUUCUCAGUUGUUUUGCAGCGCACGAAUAUCGACUGGGACUACACCAGCGAACGACAGCACAACGCCAGCUUAUCCGUAGACGAUCAGGUUAACAGACUCCCGCGUGGCAAGGUGCUCGGUGGCUGUAGUUCCAUCAACCACAUGAUCUUUGCCCGAGGAAAUCGAAAAGACUUUGAUAGCUGGGCAUCUGAGUAUGGCGCGAAGGGCUGGUCAUACGACGAUGUGUUGCCAGACUUCAUCAGCAUUGAAACGUCGUACCUGGGUAUCGACAAUGGCUUUUCACGCGUACAAAACAACAUAAGGAACGGAGAGCGAGGGAGUUGUAGUAGAUCGUUUAUCACAAACGAUGUCCGCAGAAGAAAAAAUUUCGAUGUCGCACUUUAUUCGCAUGUGACGAAGGUUCUUUUCGAAGGGGCAACCGCUGUAGGAGUGGAGUACAAGCGUGACCUCGGAACAGACACCGUUCGGGCAAAGAAAGAAGUAAUUCUCUGCGCUGGAGCCAUAGACUCUCCUCAGCUACUGAUGCUUUCAGCCAUAGGACCUCGAGAACAUCUCGAGUCUCUUGGGAUAAGCGUAAUAGCAGACCUUCCUGUGGGACAAAAUCUAUUCGAUCACAUCACCGUGAACGGAAUAGCGGCAACGACUCCAGAGAACAUCGAAAUCAACUACUAUUCACCGUCUACAGUGCCACUUUAUUCACUGUUCAGAACAGGCCAUUUCACGCUCGAGCAAAGUGACGCAUCUGCCGUGCGCGAGCCGACGGGGAGCGCUACGAGGCCCAACCCCCGGCUGGGGAAGAAGCUGGCUGCAAGAUCGGUCGAGAAGCAGCACGCGGUGGUUCCGGAAGGUGCUCAGAAAAUUAUUAUUCGCCCGAAAGAAGGUAUCAAUCGCAUCCUGGAGGAAGUUGGAAGAUUGCGCGUGCACGUCUACCUGGCCCAGGCAGCCAGGGUCGACCCGGAGGCUGCAGACGAAGACGUAGCAUCACCAAACCUGACGCAGCAGUCGAUCAUGAUAGCUACGCUAGAUGCGGCACGGGCAACCAAGUACGCUGCGAUCACGGCCCUUCGCAUCGGCAAGCCCCAGGCCACCACCUCGGCACCUAGAGAGGAGCACCGAGGCAGAGCAAGGGAUGCUACCAGAGACCAGGUGGGGCAGCAGUCGAGAGCGAGAUCUAGCUCGAGACCCGGAAGGAGGUCCAAUUCGUGGUCCGGAGGAGGCCGCCAGCAGACUUCAGCCAAGUGCCCUGCUGACCAGGGCCGGGGACCCGGCUUGCCGCCCAGGGACCCCAAGGACCCGUGGGGAAAAAAGAAGAAAGAAGAAAAUACCCACGUGUCCAGACAUUCAAUUUCUCUUCGUGACGAUGAACCCCACUACUCCGGAAGCGGGAUACAUAGCCAGUCUAAUCGGAAUAUCGCAGGCGCCAAGAUCGCCGUGCAGACGUUGAAGACUCAAGCUAUGAAGAAUGCCAACGUGACCAUUUGGGACACUGCCCUGCCAGCGUGCGGGUCGGCCGGACCGUUGUGGAGCGACUCGUACCUGCGUUGCUUUGUGCAGCACACUUCACUGAGUGGUUGGCACCCUUGCUGCACUGCACCGAUGGGGACGCAUCCGCAGGCCGUGCUAGAUGCCAGACUCAGGGUCCUUGGCGGAGUUAAAAAACUGCGGGUUGUGGAUGCAUCAUCAAUGCCUUACAUUCCGGCAGGAAACCUUAAUGUGCCACUUAUGAUGAUGGGACACCGAGCAGCCGCCAUGAUUAUAGAAGACAACAUAGUUCAAGAUUAAAAACAAAUAACACAAUCCAAUAAUUAAGAAUCGGUAUGCGACCUUUAAAUAAAAGGUCAU